UCAGCUGACAUAUCUGCCGCUCAACUCGGAAGAAGCCCAACUCGCGGCUGCAAGAAGUGUCAAUCGGGAAUCCACUAUUUCAAGCCACAAGCGGAGGCCGAGCGGGGGGACUGACUGGUGGCGUCCGUGAAAGAACGAGGGCAGAGUUUGGUUUCAUCAUGGCCUUUUGUGUCUGAGGAGCUGCCACAAUGAUCGGAGGAUUGUUCAUCUACAACCACAAGGGGGAGGUCCUCAUCUCUCGGGUCUACCGAGAUGAUAUAGGGCGCAACGCAGUGGACGCGUUCCGUGUGAACGUGAUCCACGCACGACAGCAGGUCCGCUCGCCGGUGACCAACAUCGCCCGCACCAGUUUUUUCCACGUGAAGCGCUCCAACAUCUGGCUGGCAGCCGUCACUAAGCAGAAUGUCAACGCCGCCAUGGUGUUCGAGUUCCUGUACAAGAUGUGUGACGUCAUGACAGCCUACUUUGGCAAGAUCAGCGAGGAGAACAUCAAGAACAACUUUGUACUUAUCUAUGAGCUGCUCGACGAAAUUCUGGACUUUGGCUACCCUCAGAACUCCGAAACUGGAGCUCUGAAGACCUUCAUCACUCAACAGGGCAUUAAGGGACAGCACCAGACAAAGGAGGAGCAGUCUCAAAUCACCAGCCAGGUGACAGGCCAGAUCGGCUGGCGUCGCGAGGGCAUCAAAUAUCGCCGCAAUGAACUCUUCCUGGAUGUACUGGAGAGCGUCAACUUGCUGAUGUCACCACAAGGUCAGGUGCUGAGCGCCCACGUGUCUGGCCGAGUGGUGAUGAAGAGCUACCUGAGCGGAAUGCCCGAGUGCAAAUUCGGCAUGAACGACAAGAUCGUCAUCGACAAGCAGGGCAAAGGUGGAGCGUCCGAUGAUGCUGGCAAGAGUGAUUUAGGGGGAGGAAGUGGGAAGCAGUCCAUUGCCAUCGACGACUGCACCUUCCACCAGUGUGUGCGCCUCAGCAAGUUCGACUCGGAGCGUAGCAUCAGCUUCAUCCCCCCUGACGGAGAGUACGAGCUUAUGAGGUAUCGCACCACUAAGGACAUCAUUCUGCCGUUCCGCGUCAUCCCUCUGGUCCGCGAGGUUGGUCGCACUAAGCUGGAGGUGAAGGUGGUCAUUAAGUCCAACUUCAAACCAUCACUUUUGGCCCAGAAGAUCGAGGUCCGCAUCCCGACGCCCCUCAACACCAGUGGCGUGCAGGUGAUUUGCAUGAAGGGAAAAGCCAAGUACAAGGCCAGUGAGAACGCCAUUGUGUGGAAGAUCAAACGCAUGGCUGGAAUGAAGGAGUCUCAGAUCAGCGCUGAGAUCGAGCUGUUGCCGACCAAUGAUAAGAAGAAAUGGGCUCGACCCCCAAUCUCCAUGAACUUCGAGGUGCCGUUCGCUCCAUCUGGCCUCAAGGUGCGCUACUUGAAGGUGUUUGAGUCCAAGCUCAACUACAGUGACCACGACGUAAUCAAAUGGGUGCGCUACAUCGGCCGCUCGGGCAUCUACGAGACGCGCUGCUGAAGUGGAAUGUCGGCCACCCCACGCAGCCACCCCAUCCAUCCUCUUACUGAAUUUACGAGUUCCUCUUUGUCUCCUGCUUCCCAUUUAUUCUUAGUGCUUCUCUUAUAUACCCGCCUCCGAAGUAGGUGUUGGAGAUUGACUUUCUAUCAUGAAACAAAACAAAAGUAAAUAUGGCAUAAUGCACAGAUAUAUGCAAAAUAUGAACUAUUGUAUCAUAUAUCUCGUAGUGAAGCGCAAGUGCACCAAGGGGGGGGUGGGGGGGUUCCAUUGUGUUCAGUGUUAUUGUUCUGCUACCACUCGAGCAAAAUUGGACUUUAAUUGGUCUCGCACCACUUUAACUUUAGAAUUCAUCUCUCUGGUAAGAUGAUGUGUAGCUGUUGUGGUUUCACAUGAAUCUUGGUAUAGUUCUUGUGUAUGAAUAGUUCGACCUUCAAAAUGCCCCCUGAACCCACCCCCACCUCCAGUAUUGUCGACCACCUCAACUUCACUCUGUGAGCUAGCUGCAUUUGUGUAAUCUGCAUUCAGUGAGGAAGAAGAGGACAUUCCAAACAGACUUUAUGAGCUCAGCUAGUUGGUUGGUUUUUAUUCUUAAAAGGGAAAAAAACAACUCUUCCUAAAUGUAUCUGAAGCACUAAGACCAACUACUUCCAGUGUUAGAUGGAACUCGAAAGAAAGAUGAGUUGAGGAAUCAGGCCCUUUGCCCUGCAGGUUGCUUUAGAGGUGAUGUCUCCCCCUGGUGUUUACCUUUCCACUGUCUUCUUCAUAUUUGUAGCCCUGGUGACCGUUCUGUCCAAUAAAAUCUGACAAAGUAUCCAAAAUA